ACUCAAACGUUUAUAAUAGGAAAAAAGAAGUUCUAAAUGUUAAUAAUAAUAAUUGACGUUGACUACUAAGCACAACUGAUUUUUUGUAAUGGAGUAUUCUAUAAAAAAUAUUGUAAUUUUUUGUUUGAUAUAUUUCAUUCAGCCAUUAAAUUCCCAUGAGGGAGUAAAAUAUCCCCUAUUCGUUUCCUCUUUCGAUGGAAACAAUUUUGUAUGUAACAUGCAAAAAUUGCCACAACAAACAUAUUACAAUCCUGUUGACAAAAAAUGGAGAAGAGAAAAAUGUGAAAGCCUUGGAUUUACUUAUCAAGAACAAUCUAAUAAACCAUUUACACCAAAUAUGAUACCGCUUGAAUUGUUAAAUAAAAGGCAUUCACUAUAUAAGACAUUAUCUCUAUAUAUAUGUGGAAAUCAAAAUAUACACUUAGAAAUUGAAAAAAAAAUCAUAAAUACUCUAAGAACCAAUAGCAUUAUUGAAGAAUUUUUUGGUACCAGAGAAUUACUUGAUGAAUAUAUCGAGAACAAUGUAAAAGUUUCUAAUACAGGUGAAGUGGAGAGUAUUGGUUCGUACGCAGAGACAUUUGCUGCUUCCUUAUAUCUAGAUACGUGUAUUUAUGUAUUUGAAGAAAUAAAAAAUGAUUGGGUUUUAUACUACGGCAAAAACUGGCCCAAAUACGAUACGCUUAAUAUGGAAGAUGAAAAAUGCAUUUAUUUGUUCGUAACUGGACGUUUUAUGGGUGUAGUUUCUAAGGUUACUAGCCCUUAAGUUAUACUUCAUUUAUAAAAUGAUAUUAUAAUUGAUGUUUUAAUAAAUAAUCUAAAGGGAACAUUUUAAACAAUUUUAAAACAGUAAAAACAUUUUUUCAAUAUUUAAUAAAACCAUAUUUUGUUAAAUGACUAAUUAAUUUUGAUGAGAUCUGGAUUUUUAGAAAAUAUUAUUUAUUUAUGUUUUUUAAACGAGUAGUUAUGAAUUAUACAUUAUUUAUUUUUGAA